AUGCACCCAGACAAUGACGAGUCGCCUGACCAGUGGACCGACAUAACUGGGACCAACCUUGGUGCCAAACGGAUGGGACACAGCAAGACAUUGCCAAAGGAGCUUGCGAGUCCCUUCAAUGAUCCGAUCCGUGAAGACGAAGUAGCCGAACCUCAAGAGUUUGAAAUCUGGGAAGACGCAAAGUCCAUACCGGGUAGUUUUGUGUCAGACCUCCCUGCUUGGAAAGAACCACAAUCGACCGUACGAACUGUUUCUCCAUAUCCUAAACCCAUUCUCCAAGGAGGAGAUGACCCAAACUCGGAAUGGGAAACCAUCGCAAUAGACGAGGAAACCAUCCUGAAGCCAAGCACCAGACUGAGACAACGAGUCGAACAUGGCCGUCUAGCAUUUCCAGUGCAAGAUAUCAUGGGUCGUGUUCGUCAAGCCACGGAAAGAGCACAACGAAGAAACACCGAUCUCAUAGCACCAACCUCAGCCCGUAAACUGGCCAUUUUGCCGACGUUCAGCACCAGCAACAUUCCCAAUGAUGGUUUGCAGCGUGCCUCGAGCGUUUAUGAAGACGACAAGGAGACCUGCAAACCCAGUUUCAGCAGCAAGCAGGAGGCGUACACGCCCGAAAUGUCUCGUGCUCUGAGCAAAAAACGCCCCUUCACAUUUAAUUUCGACCGUAAUGUAUAUGGUGAACUCGUAUCCAGCUACUCCAAGUCCUCGAGCCGUGCGAGCAACGACCCGUUUCGAUAUGACGGCGAAGGCUACUCUCUAUUUCUGAACCCUUCGGCCGAAAAGGAGAAAGUCGAUGAUACGGUUAAAGUUCCUGUCAUUAAACACGUCCAUCUCAGCCCUACCAGCGACGAGCACCCAUUAUCAAAGCUCGGUGAGAUGGUUGAGGCUACCUCGGGCAAGAAGGAUACAGACGGCGACUGGCAGACAGUCACUACGGAACAGGCUCCUCAUCGAGCCUUGGAAUUAACCCUUCGACUGAAUAGAGAUGUGGGUAGCAGUCUUGCCGACGUAUCGGACGCUUCUGAAGACGAGACAUUCGACCAAUUCAUCGAUGCCAGCGCAAAUUCUCAGAAGGUGCGUCACACUCACCACGGUAGAAAAGGGUACGACGACAUAUCAAAAACCCAAACAACCUCUACAGGAUUCCCACGCCAGUCUCACUCUGUGAAUCGGGCUCAGUCCCGUGCUGCGGCUGCGGUCCGGCACCUGAACCGCCUCUCGACUGAUACAUCUAACAUGCCCAAGCUGUCGAGCAAGUUAUCUGGGUUGCGAAAACCGGUAAUGAGCUACAACAGCCUGGACUCCGAUCCAGAGCAAGAUGAAUUUGAGACAGCACUCCCCGUUUCUCCAAACGCCGUCGUGGAAACCGUUUCGUGUAGACACAAACAGUGGUCCGGCUCGAUACAGCGCCGAGACUCACAAGAGAUCCUUGGCCUUGGAACACGGGACGGAGAUACUCCAUACAAGAGCAGAGACUUUGCUCACCAGAGCAGCCUACUUGACUAUAGUAUCCCUCAGCUUCCAUUCCCGCUUAUAAGUCUACCAGAAGCAGCCCUCCUGCAAUCCGAGCGCCGCAAGCGCGGAGAGGAGGAUCACACCGAAGUUGGCUCAAUGUUUGCCGCCAAAGCACGCUCCUUCACUAUCAGCACAGUGUCUUCAUACGGGCCAAAAACACCAAAUACACCAGUUUAUGACGCCCAUUACACAAGUGGUUUGCCCAAACCACAAAAGGCAUACCAACGACACACGCCGUUGCGAACUCUCCCAUACGAACCAACUCAGGGACAGCUCAACUCCUCUGGCAUCCUCGACACCAACUCUGGGUCCUUCUUCCGCACUUCCCUGCCAACGAAUACGUCCCUGCUCUCAGCGCGCUUCUUUCGCCUAAGCGGCUUCUCUGCACGAACUCGCCAGCGCAGAGACACUCUCAAGCACACUUCUGACGCUGCCAAUCUCGAAUACAGCUUUUUCAGUCCUUCGGAGACGGAGUUGAUUCGUUCCGCGAGGGAGGACAUCUUGUACCGACGCCGGCAGUGUCCAGAGGAGGAUGGGCCUCAGAGCCGGGUGUUUAUGGUCAUUGUUGUGAUUACCUUGCUUUUUCCAUUGAUUGGGCUGUUGGCGCUGUAUGGAAAGUUUGAUGCGACAAUUGCAUGGUAUGGAAAGGGACAGAGGGGGUAUUUGACGGCCGAGCAGAGAGGAAUCUUGAAGCGGCAGCUUUUCGUGGAGGCUGUUGUGUAUUUGGGGCUGAUUGUUUCGCUGUCUGUGUACUAUUCUGUUCAUGGAUGA